AUGAGUACACCACUGGCCGAUGAGAGACUUGUGUCCCAUGCUGGUUCACCAAGUCGGUCACGUAAUUUCAAGGAGCUUCAGCUUUCAACCGACUCGACUCUAUCGCCAAGUGGAACCAACAAUAGUUCAAACCAAGAGACAGAAUCUGAUGGUGAAAAUAGGAAGGAAACCAACUGUGACUCGGAGAAGAGUUCCCCCACAGACCAAAAGAUUUUGUCAAAUUUGAAGGACUUCAACAUUGACCGUUCUGCUUACAAGCAUUAUGGCCAUCAAUCUCUGCUUCAUGGAGAAGCCCUUGACAAAAUCAUUACUGAAGCUAAAGUUUCUACUAGAAGAAAGAGCAUGGAUGAAGGCUCUAACUCCUCUGGGUCAAACAUAAAAGAGAAAAGAAAUGGCAAUUCCAUACGUUGGGACUCUAGUAACAGAAUUCUUAUCGAUCAAAAAAUUUCACAAAUUUUAGGGAUACCUGCGCAGGCAGUUGAUGAAGAAUCAAUAUGGCCCUACAGUGCCGAAACUUUAAAUGAAAUAUUAAGAUAUAAAAGUGAACAGGAGAAGACAAAACAAGAAACUAUUAAGAAUGAUUUUGGUGUUACAGCUAUCGAAUUAUUGAAGUUAGCCAAAUCAUUAAAUAUUAGUGGUGACCUAAUUCCUUUUCUUUUUGUUAGUAAUACAACAAUAGAAGAAUUGAAAUCUAAAAUUAAUGAAUUGAAAUCCGAUCCAAAUGACGUGAUUAACAAAAUCAACAAGCUUGUCAACACUCCAGAAUAUUACAGUAGUUACCAAAAUACUCCAUCCACCAUUAAUGGAAAAAGAAGAUAUUCAGAAAGUCGAGCUUUGCCAUCAUUUUCUGAAACCGCAGAGAGUAUAAAGUCUGCUAAUAGCGUUGAUAUUUCUCCCGCAAGAUCUCCUAAUAAGCUGCCUUCUAGUGCUAAAUUUUCGCUUGGUGAAAGUAAUGAUAAAGAAAAAGGAUCGCCUUCAAGUCAGAACGAUAAACCAGUUAUGUUGCCAAUACCUACAACUGCGUACCUGCCACAUCAACAAUCUCAACCUCAAAAUGGUAUGUACACCAUGUAUUAUACCCAUGGGCCCCAAAGUUCGUCGGCGCCUCCACCACAACAAUCCCUGAAUGAACAAUCUCAUGAAAACACCUCCUCCACAGCUACAACUGUGUUAGGCUCACCCUAUUCACUGAAAUAUCCACCCGUCAUGUAUCAACAACACCAGAAUUACCAUGCUGUUUCUGGCCCUAGUUACAUACCUCAACAACAUCCAUAUCCUUAUUAUAUGGCCUCAUCCCCUUCCAAUGGGCCACCAUCUCACCAAUACAUGAUGCAUCCAUCUGGUGCUCCACCACCUGGCUUAAUGCAGCCAAUGCAUCCAACUCAAAUUGCACACCACUCCCCCGACAUAGAAUCUAGACGAAGCCACAGUGCAAAGCAUCUGCAGAAAGAUGAAGAAGAAUUUGCAGCUUCCCAACAUCACAACAAAAGACAUAAGGUUUCUUCAACCGCAAAAACGUCUAGCAUUAAUUUCAUGAUCACAACUCCAAAGAAUCCUCCUGCUAAGAAAUAUAAUAAUACCCAAAAAGAUUCUAUUAAGGACGGUAAAUAA